AUUGCUUGGUUUCGUUUUAGAGCAAUGAAUUUCUUGUGGCAAACAUUCAAUCUUACCAAAUCGAUCGCCGGCGAAGCCAUCUCAUCGUUUCUGCAGCGCAGCACGAUGGCCACCCUCAACCAGAUGCAUCGUACGGGGCCCCACUUCAAGAUACGGCCACCCCGCCAACCGCUCGAUGGGAAACCGUUCGCGAAGGGUGUCGUGCUGAAGACGCUGAUCAAGAAGCCUAAGAAGCCAAACUCUGCCAACCGGAAGUGUGUGUUGGUACGGCUUUCCACCGGCAAGGAGCUGGUAGCGUACAUUCCCGGCAUCGGACACAACCUGCAGGAACACAACAUUGUGCUGGUGCGCGUUGGACGCUGUCAGGAUUUGCCCGGCGUGAAGAUUAAGUGCGUCCGGGGCAAAUACGAUCUGCCGCACGUGAUCAAGCAGAAGUAG